CAGUACACCGCGCGCUCCCUACGCCAGCGGUUGCGUUAAGGGGGGUGCAUCGCGAGCCGUUCCAAAUUUGUUCGAUAUAUACGUCUCUUAUAUCAUACUGAUUGGUGAAGACGAUGUUCCAUUUUUAAAACCAGUGUAGUGAGUGAGCCAAAAUGGCUGCGGCCAUGAUAAAGGACCGCGGACUGCGUAAAAAGUUGACACAAGAAGCGAUACCCGAGAAAACGCCUAAAAAGCCAUCCAAACGCAAAUUGACACCCAGUAGUUCCAAGAACGACAAGAAGAACGAGCAAAAUAACAACAAACGACCGAAGAUACAGACGGGCGACCCGAAACUUGAUUUGUUUUCAACGUAUCAACCGUGGGUCAUCCAAACGUACGGGGAUCUGGCUAAAACGAAAACUAUUACUUUGAAAAAGUACUCCAGGAUUCUGAGAACACUACGUGGGGAGGAAUGCAAUAGCUCUGAUAGCUCUAAAUUUCGUUUUUGGGUGAAGGCAAAAGGGUUCCACGUUGGAAAACCUCCUGGAUAUGAUGCGAAGCCGGCGGAUAGCAUUGUAUGCAGAUAUAGUGUUGCAGAUGCUGAAGGAUGUACCAGGGGUCCAGAAGGUCAAGAAGUGUACAGCGGAUCCCAAAACGACCCGCCACUGUACAUACCUACGCCACCCCUUAAGAAUGCACCAAAUCAAGAACCUGUGUACAGAAAAGUGGCAGUAGUUGAAAAUUUCUUCGAUAUAAUUUACACGGUCCAUGUAGAACUUGAAGGAAGACCCGGGAAACAUGCAGGACAAAAACGCACGUACAGAACUAUAACCGAAACCUAUGCCUUCUUACCACGAGAAGCAGUGACGAGAUUUCUGACGGGUUGUGCAGAAUGUGCGCGGCGUCCACGCAGUGCCUCCCCUCCCCCUCUGCCGACCCCCUCCCCCUCACCAACCAGACAUCCCACGUACCUACCUUUCCUACCUCACUGUCCUCCAGACUACGCUAGAAAUUGGGAGUCUGAAAUCGACGCCACACAAAACUACUUCGAACCAAAGUACGAUUAUACCGAUCUCCAGCCGUUGAAAAAGGUCGACAGUCCAAAGCCCACUGAUGUAGAAGAUGAACCAACGUACAUCGAAUUGACUUCGAAGAAGAUUAAUGGCUUCGACGCCGCCUCUCUAUUCGAUAGAAGCUCAGUGGAACCUUUCAGAGAGGCUGAACCUCUGCAAACUGACCCAGAAAUUGACAAAGACGAUAGUCUCAUCGACGUAGAAGAUGUCAAGUCUGACAGCCCACCGCCAAUUCAAAAAGAAGAGAGUAAAAAAGAAGAAUCAAGCAGUGAAAGUACCAGGGCGGCAGAGAACGAAAGCGAUAGAGCGGAAGUUAAGAAGAAAUAUAAUCCAUUGGACGUUGCAAAUUUAACGUCGAAAGACCCGCCUAAAUCGCGUUCGCCACCUAGAAAAAAAUUGUUGCCGUCUACGUCAGAAAGUUCUAGUACAUUCGGAAGAUUUCCAAAGCCCUGGAGACCAGACGGAGGAAUGUAUUACAGCGACGACAUCGACUACAGCGUGCCGAUAACUACAGCUUAUCUGAAACAUAUGAAAAAUAUGGCGUAUCAGGAGCGACUAGACGGCGAAAAUAAGGAUAAUUUAACUCCGGAACCAGCGGAUAUGAAUGAAGACGACAAUUUCACGAGUCAAGGCUACGCGAAAGACGCUGAGAAGUUGAAAAUGAUGUUGCUAGCAUGGAAUUACCACAAUCAAUCAGGCCGUAACGGCGACAUAUCAGAGACCGGCGCGGACAGCAGCAUGGCGGACCUCUGGGCCUCGUACCACAGCGCUCUGGGCCUUGGAAGUAAGCCCCCAAAACCACCCACGCCUUUGGCUACCGGACACUCGAGUCCCAUCCACGUUGGUUCAGCUACACCUGUGGAACCGGCGUCCACUCACGACGAAACUUCAUCAUCAGACAGAACCAAGGAUGAUGAUGAUGUCGGCGCCUCUGAUGAUGACAGUGAUGAUAGAGUCGAUCCGCAGCAUCACGACCCGGAGCGAUUAAAGGCUUUUAACAUGUUCGUCCGCCUCUUCGUCGAUGAGAAUCUCGACAGGAUAGUUCCUAUAUCAAAGCAGCCGAAAGAGAAGAUUCAGGCCAUAAUUGACUCUUGCACCCGGCAGUUCCCAGAGUUUGCAGAGAGAGCUCGCAAGCGAAUCAGGACUUACUUGAAGAGCUGCAGGCGCAAUAAGAAGGUGCGGGGGGACGGGCCCGCCGCGGGGAACGGGGGGAGCACGCCGGCCGGCAACGCCUGGGAUACCGCGGUGCGUCCGACUCCCGCGCACUUAACGUCUGUACAAGCUGAACAUAUCUUGGCGCAGGCGUGUGAGAACGAGAGCCUCAACGCCAAGCGCAUGCGGCUCGGCCUCGACCCGGUCAGCCAGCCGAUGCCGACCGUGCCUACGCCUAUGGCCAUAGACACAACAGCAACAUCUUCCUUCCUGAACCUGUACACCGGGGCCAUCAGCAGCCCGGCCACAACCACAACCGCUGGUCACAGCAAGGCAGCUGCAGAUACCACACGACCUUCUAACAGUCCUACUUUGGAGCCCCUGCUCAAUAAUAACAGCCUGAAGCUGGAUAAUGCCAAUGGAAACACGGGCAGUAAGACUGCCAGUCCCGCAUCAUCCCCGGCUCCGCUGUUCCGGCCAUCGUUUCCAUCCACGUUUGGCAACCCACCGACAUUCGGACGGCAAAAUUCAUCCACGAAUCAAGCAUCAGCUCUGUCAAAUACAGCUCUCUUGUCAACUCUUACUGCUUUACCGCCAACAGGUGUUGGUGUGAACGCAGCGAUGGCCGCCUAUCAAAGUGCGCUGCUGUCCGCAAUGGCGGCGCACACGCACACAUUCCCUAAUAUUACUGCGCCCACGGACCUGUCUCUCAAGACAUCCACCACCACACUGCACUCAACAUCCACACCAUCCAUAACCGGGACAUCAUCAAAAUCGCUCCUCUCACACAAACUCUCAGGCUCCGAAGUAGGCGCGGUCCGACAACUUAUAACAGGAUACCGCGAAUCAGCUGCUUUCCUUCUCCGUUCAGCUGACGAAUUGGAGACUUUACUCCUUAACCAGCCCUAGGGAACGCCCAACCUCGCCAAUUACUUCGGAUUCAAAUUCGGAUACUUUUAAAGCGUCAAUUCAAACGCGCGGGAAACAUGGUCGCUAAAUGUCAGAUUUGACUAGUGACAGUGACAUUGACAUGUGUUGUAUGGAAAUUGUAUCGGUCUUGUAAAUUGAUUUGGAAUUUGGAUAUUUUUGGAAAUUACAAUACAGAAAUUAGUGAAAUGUAAAAAUGUUUAGAUGACGAAAUUAGUGGAUUGAGUUUUCAGUGAUGUUUUAACGGACUGAUGAGAUUUUUUUUGUAUACAAGUAAGUACAUUUAUUGAAAUGUCAAAAGGUUGAAAUUAAUUGAUGGAAAUUAAUGUCUUGGUGUAUGCAAUCUAUGAUAUUAUGUGUAUAGAAGGUGAAAGACAUACAUGGAUAAUGAAAUUUGUCGUUAUAAAUCAAGGUUUAGUCAAGAUACAUUUACGAGAAAUGUUUUUGGUGUCAAAUAAAAAAUUAUACCUCAAACGAAUAUAAUUCUCGUCCUACGCGAGACCUGAAACAGGUCCGCAAUAUUACUUAAGUUGGUACCAUUGUAAGGAUAGCUACGCUUUUUAAAUAUUUCAAUGCUACCAACCUUGCUAUUUUAAUCUCAACGUUUUCAUCAUUAAUGAUAUCUAUUUAGGGUUACGAGUUUUUUCAAUGACCAGUCCAUUUGGCUACGGAGCUGCCAUAACAAAAAAUCGUGUUGCCAUUCGGAACUCGUUUGAAGAGUACAAAAUUAUUUUGUGUAUAUUUAGAUUUAAGAAAAAAAUCAGGGAGUUUUUAGUGUAAGAUUAUGGAAAAUUCGAUUUCUUGCCUGGUGCAUUAGAUUAGGAAUGAAAAAUCGGCUGAUUUAAUACCUCCAUUUACCUUAAUAUUUUAAAGUUGAACACGGCAUAUUCUAGAUUAACAGAGUCUAAACGUUUUCUAGGUUAAAGUGGCAUUCUAGACGUAAGGAGCACGAAUUUAUUUGUUGUUUUGUAUUAUAUUUAUAGUUCUCUAGUUGUAUUUUGAAACGAGUAAUAUAUUUCUUAUACUUUUUUUAUCUAUACAUGGUCAUGAUUGCUCCAUCCAAAAAUUGUUAGUCUUCUUUAUUAUGGCAACACUGUUAUUAUAAGUUUUUGAACAUGAUUUUGAUUGUGCGAUCGAUACCAAAAAAUUCUAAAAAUAUGUAAAAUAUCAUUUGCAGUAGGCAGUUUACAUAACAUUCUAUCACAAAAAUACACACGCACACUACAUAAUAUUUAACUAUGUAAGGCUGGUUGCAGAGCUUGACCGACCAUCAGUGCGUACGUCAGUCGCGCUUGUCAUAUGUAUGGAAAUUCAUAAAACCGUUCAUAGCU